UUUGCUAUUUAGUCCCGCGAGGAGUGUGCAAAACAACACAAUGAUAUUGAGAAAACAUCAGCUGAUGCUGAUGAUCGAAAAAUACAAUUGUUAUAAGUAAAUUUGUAUAACAAACUACCAUAAUGUAAACUGUUCGGAUUGUAUAAAAAUAUAUGCGCCAUCCAUAAUAGAUACUUUUUAGUGAUUACAGAAAGUUAAUCUUAAAUACAAGGAAGUAACAUCUGUGCGCUACUUUAAUAUUAUCCAGCGACUAUCUCAAGGAUGAACAGACAGAGAUGACUGGUUCGCAAGUUAAUUGGAUUUCAUUUUUGUACGCUGACUAAUACUACCUGGCCAUAAGACUGUAUUGAAAAGCACAUAAAUUCUGUGCUAUUAAAAGAAACCAAUAAAUAAACCAAUUACAGAUUAAAAUUGUCACCAGUGAAUAAACAGAUUCGUAGUUUUUUUUAUUCUAAAUAAACGAAACGAUUUUAUGACUAAAUUGUUUUAAAAGCAGUCUGCGUUGCUGCCCACGUAACAAUUUACAACUGAUAUCAGUACAUUUGCUUCUGAAUGAAAAAUAGGCAAAUCUUGUAAUUUCUAUUUCAUAAGCUAUAUGAACGGUAUUACACAUGUUGGCAACAAUACCAAGUUCAACGCCACAUUUUUUCUGCAAUGUAUGUCAGUUUUGUACAGAGUAUCACUUCCGACAAAAAUAUCUUUCCGACAAUAGUAUCGUUCUGAAAUUGCACUGACUGUCGUUCAUUGAAAUACGUGACCGUUUAAAGAUUCGUACCAAACAAUCGACAUGAUAGCCUUAUAUUCUUCUCCAAAAUAGUUUUCGGAUUAAUGCAUCACGUAAACGACACUAAUUUGUUCUGAAACAUCAACCUUUAUGGUUGGCAAUACAUGCUACUCCGGACCAUGAAAUGCCCCAGCAUGCUCUACCGACAGAACUGCUCGAUCAAUUUAAAUUUACAAUUUCAGUCAAUGUUGUGAAACACAAUCAUAUCGCUUUAGUUACUAGAUACCGUUUAUACAUGGGGGUUGAUAGACAUAUAACUUGUAAUGUAUCGCAAAUUCAAAACACUUAAUCAAGUUAGCUUCCUUCAAUUAUUAUUGUUCUCGAAUUUACCUCAAUUCUAGAUAUCUCGCGAAAUAUAUUCAGUCGUCAUGAAAGAGCUUAGCUCUAUCUUUCCCAUACAGAGGUAAGAACGGACAAAGAAAUAACCAUAUUCGUUACGCUGAAUAUCACAUAAUGCAUUACCAGUAUCACAAAACCUUAAAAAAUUCAAUCGUGCAUAUGAUAUCGUAGUUGGCAUAAGCUUAACAUAUGAAACAAAAUUUUAUCAAGUUGAAACCAUUGUAUAUAUUUUAAAUGCAGAUAUCAUAUCAUAUUUGAAAGGAAGGUUCGUUUGAUAAAUGAUGAUUCAUAUACUGUAAAGUCGGACUGAGAUGCCCUUUCCGGAAUAGACUGCGUAUCGAUGAGGCGAUUAUGUUUCAAACCUCUUGGGGUGUCCAUUGAGUAUAAACCAUGGACGCCAUCUUAUCUUUUGCUAAAAAAGAAAACUAUCAAAUUUAUGCCAUAUGUCUUCAACAAGUUUACGCAAAGCGGCAUGUGUUGACUGGUGAUAUUUCAGAGUAAAUGUGAGUGGCAAUUUGGCAAUACAAUUUAGCGGCGGGUGAUAUAGCUGUCUCUUAGCCUGCAAUCUUGCAAAAGUAUGCAGUCUGCAUAACUCGCAUAUAUUUUUGCUUCUGGACUGAAUGAAUUUAUCAGUAUCAUCGCUGGGAAAUGCUUUUGUCGUCACUUCACUUCCAGCUGUUCAUAAUUUAAGUGGAACGGUGGUCUGGCUGAAAAGGUAUCGUCCGCUCAACUCUAGGGUCGUGGGUUGAAGCCCCACUGGGGUCAAGACCACGUCUCUUCAUACGACAACAGUACUGACUUUUUCCAGGUAGUGGACUCAGGUGUGGUUCAAAUAAAAUUAACUUUUUAAUAACAAUCGAGCUAAAUCAAUCGGUAUAAACUGUUUACAUUUUAAAAUCAGAACAGUAAUAAUAUAUUUUACAAAUCUUGUGCAUCAUUAAACAUCAUAGAUUUUGUCUAGCGUAAAUUAUGUGCGUGCUAAUUGUAAAGUCUUAAAAGAUAUUUUAAGAUAUUGAAUUGGCUGGAUGAUCGUUUUUGUUUAUGUAGGCUGACUAAUCCUACCUGGCCAAUCAGAAGCAUUAAAACAUAUAAAAAGUAAUGGGUCUUGUGUCACGAAACAGGAUCUAAGCAAACCAAUCAAAUUCCGCCGUCACUAAACACGUAUUGUCACCCUAGGUAACAUAAUAGCUACUACAAAUAUAAAUAAGGGCAAUACUUCGUUGCAGCAAACGUGCAUUUCGUUCUAAGAAGUUAAUUAAUACACUGGUCGGAUAGAUAAGCGCUUAAAACAAAAAUGAAGAUUCUUGAAGAAAUUAAAGGCAGACAACAGAUUGUUGUUUUGUCGGUUGUUGUAAUCCUCUGUCUGUGCCAAGCUCGAGUGGCUGGACAAUCUAGUUGUGCUAAAGAUCUUGAGCCGGUACAAGUGAAAGAGAGACUAGAGGAAGGCUUAACAUAUAAAGACGACAGUGUUCUAAUGUGUUCAAAUGAUGGCAAAUGUGGAAAACUUUCGCUCAAUAAUAUCAAAAACGCCUACCCGGACUCGUUUUCUAAGCAGGAAGUUGCAGAGAAAAAUACGGGGUUACAGUAUAACGACUAUGUUGGAAUGGUUCCGUCAGCAUGUGCAUUGCAAGCUGCAGAAAAUUCUCGUGCUGCCGCAGGACUGAUCACUCAAAAAUGUCGUCGUUUCUGGAGUGACCGUGAUGGAUGCUGUCCUACAUGGAGGUAUGUUACAUUCCACAAAGGUCCACUCACAAACAUUUUCAGGAAAAAGUGCUACAUCCUUCAAAUACCAUUUCUAGGAUUGUACCAGUACAUAUCUGUCGGGCUUUGCGGAUGGCCACGGAAUUGUAAAGGGAGAUGCACACAACAAUACACGAUACAGUCUAUGUUAGCAUGGUGUCCAGGAAAUGGAGGAAUUAGGAUGCAUCACUUCAGAAUUCCGACUUAUUGCUCCUGUCAGCAAGUUAGAGGCUAACCAGUAGAAAAGGAAACCAAAGAAAUUUAAAAAUAUUUUAAACCAUUUUCUGCACUUUAUUUGUUUAUCGACAUAAUCUUUUACAUUGUAUAUCAGAUUCUUAUAGCAUUUAUGUUUUUUUUUUUUUUUUUUGUUAUUUGGUUUAUUUUUUCUUUUCUUUUUUUUUUUUGGUGUUUUAAAAGAUCUUGUGUAAUAUCCCAGUUUGUAUCAAAACAGAUUAAAAGAGUUUUAAGGUUUCAGAGUUGGUUUUAAAAAGUUUCAUUGCGGAUAUAGGUCAUAAUAUUUUGAAAGAUAUAAGGGACGUUUAUACAUAAUUCGCACGACAGUUUGUUGACAAGAGCAAGAUAUUUCUCGUGUUUUUCAUCUGGCUAGCUAUUUGUCAAUAAUCGCAUUUUGGUCAUGUUAAUGCUACUUGCUUUACUUUUUUGUUAUUGUCUGAAAACUGUGUACAUAUAUCAUAUACCAUACUGUUCACCUAUCUGUGGAGGUAAUAAAGAAUCUAUUUAUUCGUU